UUCGGUGGCGGGCGGAGGCUGCAACCUGCCCCGGCGCCGCGCUCGGCCGCGGAGGAGGCGGCCCGGCCCGGGUAGCGGCGGCGUCUGCGCGCCCGCCGAGGGGAGGCCGAACCUGCCAAGCUGGCGCCCGGCGGGGCCAUGGUGAUCGGCGCCCGCGGCGGAGGCGCGCUGGCGGGGGCUGCCCGGCGGGGCCUCCUGGCCCUGCUGCUCUUGGUGUCCUCCGCGCCCCGGCUGCGAGCGGAGGAGCUGGGAGAUGGCUGUGGGCAAAUAGUGACCUAUCAGGACAGUGGUACAAUGACAUCCAAGAAUUAUCCAGGGACUUACCCUAAUCACACUGUUUGUGAAAAGACUAUCAAAGUACCGAAGGGGAAGAGAUUGAUUCUGAGGUUAGGAGAUUUGGAUAUUGAAUCCCAGACCUGUGCUUCUGACUACCUUCUCUUCACCAGCAAUUCUGAUCAGUAUGGACCGUAUUGUGGAAGUAUAACUGUUCCCAAAGAACUCUUGCUGAACACAAGUGAAGUAACUGUUCGUUUUGAGAGUGGAUCCCACAUAUCUGGGAGGGGUUUUUUGCUGACCUAUGCCAGCACCGACUAUCCAGAUUUAAUAACAUGUUUGGAGCGAGCUAACCAUUAUUUGAAGACAGAAUACAGUAAAUUCUGUCCAGCUGGUUGUAGAGACAUAGCGGGAGACAUUUCUGGGAAUGUGGUGGAUGGAUAUAGAGAUACCUCUUUAUUGUGCAAAGCUGCCAUCCAUGCGGGAAUAAUUGCAGACGAAGUAGGUGGUCAGAUCAGUGUGCUUCAGAGCAAAGGGAUAAGUCGAUAUGAAGGAAUCCUGGCCAAUGGUGUGCUUUCAAGGGAUGGUUCCCUGUCAGACAAGCGAUUUCUGUUUACCUCCAAUGGUUGCAGCAGAUCCUUGAGCUUGGAACCUGACAGGCAGAUCAGAGCUUCUUCUUCUUGGCAGUGGGUCAGUGAGAUUGGAGAACAAAUUCAGUGGUCUCCCAGCCAUGCCCGGCUUCAGGACCAAGGGCCAUCGUGGGCUUCGGGGGACAGCAGCGACAACCACAAACAGCAAGAGUGGUUAGAGAUAGACUUGAGAGAGAAAAAGAAAAUAACAGGAAUUAGGACCACAGGAUCCACACAGCCAAAUUUCAACUUUUAUGUUAAGAGUUUCGUGAUAAACUUUAAAAACAAUUCCAAGUGGAGAACCUAUAAAGGAAUUGUGAAUAAUGAAGAAAAGGUGUUUCAGGGCAACUCUAAUUUCCGGGAUCCAGUGAGGAACAAUUUCAUCCCUCCCAUAGUGGCCAGAUAUGUGCGGGUUGUGCCCCAGACAUGGCACCACAGGAUAGCCUUGAAAGUGGAGCUUAUUGGCUGCCCGAUUACACGAGGUUAUGAUUCAUUGGGGUGGCGCAAAACAAGUCCAAAUACCAUUGGUUCAACUAAAAGAGAGGAUGAGACAAUCACAGAAUCCAUCCCCUCUGAAGAAGUGCCCACAGGAAUAAACGUCACAACUGUUGUUAUUCCCAUUGUGCUUCUUACCCUGCUUGUUGCUGGAAUGGGAAUCUUUGCAGCCCUUAGAAGGAGGAGAAAGAAAGGAAGUCCUUAUGGAUCAGCUAAGGCUCAAAAAACAGACUGUUGGAAGCAGAUCAAGUAUCCCUUUGCCAGACACCAGUCAGCUGAGUUUACCAUCAGCUAUGACAAUGGAAAAGAGAUGACACAAAACUUAGAUCUCAUCACGAGUGAUAUGGCAGAUUACCAGCAGCCUCUCAUGAUCGGCACCGGGGCCGUCACAAGGAAGGGCUCCACCUUCCGCCCCAUGGACACCGAGGCGGACGAGGCCGGCGCGCUCUACCACUGCCCUCCCGGCGCCGGCCGCCACGAGUACGCGCAGCCGCUGCCCCACGGCGAGCCCGAGUACGCCACGCCCAUCGUGGAGCGGCCCCCGGCCCGCGCGCACGCCUUCCCCGCGCGCAGCGGCUACCGAGUGCCCGGGCCUCGGCCGCCGCGCGAGCACUGCCUCCCCGCCGGCGGCCUCUCCGCGGCCGGGGCCCCGAGCGCGGCCUACCAGAUGCCGCAGAGCCCCGCGUCCGCCGCCGCGGGCUACGACCAGCCCAAGGUCGGCGGCAGCUCGCCCGCAGGCCGCGCAGAUCCCGACUAUCAGAAGCCCCUGGGGAAUCCCGCGACGAGUGACCCUUACUCGCCCCCCAGGGACUGCCCCCGAGCCCUCAACCCGACAGCUAUGACGGCGCUCCUGUGAACACCCGCCCCGCCCCCUCGAGCGGAGCCUCUGCUGGGGCAGCGCCUGCGGCGCGGGAGGCAGGGCAGGGGGACGGGCUCGCGCGCGUGCCUAUGCGCCCGCGUGUGCGCGCGCCUUAGGCCCCUGAGGGAGCGUCCUGGAGACCACCUCCCAUUCUGUUUACAGAAUUGUGCAGCUGGUUUUGUUCUGACCCACAGGGCAAGCGUCUGUUGGUUUUUUGGGCUAGGAAAAUGAGAAUUUUCAGAUGGCAUUUUCAUGUCUCUAACUGUGAUAUUUGAGCUGCUUUGGUGAAAAAAUGUGCAAUCUGUACAGAGUUGUAUUUAACAAGAAUUAAAGUAACUUAAGUUUGCUAUAUCAGAUUUUUGUUCUGCACAGAGGUUAAGCGGGAGAAUGCAGCUGUGGCGAAAACGUCUAUGUUCAUUUUUAAAAUAUAUUUUAUCUGAUAACUGUAUUAGCAUCAGGUCUAUUUAAAUUUAAUCUUGUUACUGUGGCUCAUUUCCUUUCCUUUGAUAACUACAACUAAAAGCAUUGUUAACAUACUUCUGGAAAUUACUUGAACCAUGAAAAGCGCACCGGGGUGGUGGUUAGAAAUUACCAUUGCAGAUUAAAAAACAAAACACAACCGCCUCAGCAGCUGCUGAGUCUGUUCCUUAGACUCCACUUCAGGUGGAGACCGCGGUGGCUGGGCAGGCCUGUGGGGCCCCUCUCUGCCUCCGCCUGAGGGCCCUGGCUCUCUGAGGUCUAUAGGCCUUACUAACCCUUUGUUUGGUCCUCACCUGAGACCUGGAGAUACUGUAUGGCUUUCACCUGCAAAUCCACUUUUCAAACUGCAAAGUCAAAUGCUGAGACUUAACCAUAACCAAAACUGAGCUCCCAGCAAACUGAAUGAAGGUGACACAGCAAUUAGUCUGAAUUACUGUGUCAGAUGCUUUUGUACCUCAGAUUAAAAAUAUUGCCGAGGUCAGACACCCAAGUAAAAAAUAAUUUUUGUGACUUUUCUUCAGAAAUAGCACGUUGUACCUUGAAACAGAAGAAAGUUAUUUAAAGUAUGUGCUUACUUACCAAAGUGACAGAGGCCAAAUCUACAUAGAGCUUUUCAACAAAGAUGGUUGGGAAUUGAACUGAUUUUUGAAGAAACAGUUUCCCCUCAACUAUGUGUCUAUAAUUCAAGAUAAUCCCAGACCUCAGCUGUACCUCAUGUUCAGUGGUUUUUGUCUGAGUUUGCUUUGUGAGUUCACUGUGGGGGAUUUAACCUCUUUUGCCAAAGAGGAAAGUAUGUGUUUCUUUAAUAGAAAAUGUGGACCAAAAAAUCCUUUCCCUAAAAAAUGUAUUAUAAUCCUAUUUGUAUGACUAUGACUUUCUGUGAAACGUGUCAAUGUUAAAAUAGUAGGGAGGGGUGGUGGAAGUUCAGGGCAGACUAGCUGCUGGUUAUUGUAGAGGCUAAACCAUUUACUUUGUGGAGUUUACAUGGUUUGAUACACAUAGUAAUUGUAAUAAACUAUGCCAAGUCAAAGUGCCUGCCUCUCAUCAGCAUCCUGCUUGCUGGGCCACUGAAGGCACUUGAGGCUCAGCCUCCAUAAAAGGACAAGUGGUACUGCAGAAAGAGCAUGAGCUUGGAGUCAGGUCUGGUUCCAGACCCUGACCAGCCCACAACAGCUGAGGGAUCCUGGGCCGGUUAUUUUGGAAAUAUAU